AUGAAUGACGGAGUUGAACCUGUUAUGAUUGAUUUGACUGAUGUGUUUACAACCGGCAUGAUGUUUGAAACACGAGAUGAAUUAUUGAAAUGGGCUAGAAAUGUUGGAACGGAAAAUGGAAUUGUUGUUGUGAUUUUUAGAUCUGAAAAUGCGACCGCACGACCAAGAACAAAGACAAAAUCAAUUAUUGGUUAUGAAAGAAGUGGUAAAUAUAGACCAUGGAAGAAUCAUAAUCUUACGAGGAGUACUUGGACUAGAAAAUGUGAUUGUCCAUUUAGAUUGAGAGGAACACGAUCAAGUGUUGGUGAUGGAUGGUAUUUGCAUGUAAUAUGUGGUCUCCAUAACCACGAAUUGGCCAAAAAACUAAUCGGUCACUCUUUCUUAGGCCGAUUGUCUCAAGAUGAGAAAAAUGUACUUGGUGAUAUGACAAAGAACUUUGAAAAACCAAAAAACAUUUUAUUGACAUUGAAGGAUCACAAUGUUGAAAGUUUGACGACAAUAAAACAAGUUUACAAUGCACGUCAAGCAUAUCGUUCAUCACUUAGAGGUAGUAGAACAAAAAUGCAACGUCUUUUGACAUUGAUGGAACGCGACAAAUACGUCUAUCGAUAUAGGAAAGUAGAGGGUUCAGAUGAGUUGAGGGACAUCUUUUGGACCCAUCCAGAAGCUAUGACUCUUGUAAAUAAUUUUCACAUAAUAUUGAUUAUGGAUAGCACUUACAAGACCUGUAGAUAUCGAAUGCUAUUACUUGAGAUUAUUGGUGUUACAUCUACUGAAAUGACAUUUUGUGUGGGAUUUUCAUAUCUACAGUUUGAGCGUGUUGAUAACUUCACAUGGGCACUACAAAUGGUGAAAGAACAUAUUACAAGUGGUGAAGUUGAAGUCAUUGUUACUGAUAGAGACCUUGCUUUGAUGAACGCGGUUGAAAAUGUUUUUCCAAAAGCAUUGUUAAUUCCUCACAAGGAAAGUUUUGUUGAGGCGUGGACAAAUAGAGUUAUGCACUUCGGGAACACCACAACACAAAGGGUUGAGUCGGCGCAUUGGAGUUUGAAAAGGAUAUUACAAGAUAGUAUUGGUGAUAUAUGCAGUGUUUGGGAAACCAUCAACAUCAUGAUUGUAUUACAACACAAUGAGAUAAUAGCAUCAUUUGAAAAGAGCAUCAUUCAAAAGGUGCAUCGAUAUAGUAACAGAUUAUACGCGAAUUUGCGUGGUGUUGUGUCAAAAAAUGCAAUUGAUCACAUUGCGGCAGAGUAUGGCCGCGUGAAGUAUGUAGGUAUUGAUCAGACUGAGUGUCGUUGCACAAUUAGGACAACUCAUGGUCUACCUUGUGCAUGUGAAAUAGCCAGGUAUAGUAUGACCUCACGUUCCAUUCCAUUAAAUGCUAUUCAUGUUUGGUGGAGUAAACUAACUUUUCAUGUUGAUGCAUCGAGUAAACCUUCAGAGUUAUCUGUGAAACAUGAAAUAGAUGUCAUAGUGAAAAAGUUUGAAGAACUUGAUGUACCUGACAAAAUUUCACUUAAAGGUAAAUUACGAGAGAUCGCGUAUCCAUCGACUACGUCAUUUCGUAUAGGUAUUAAUUGA